CUGGUCAGCUGAGGCACGGAGGUACACGCCUUCUUUUACCCUUGUGUUGCGCGGCGGGGCACUCCCCUUAGCCCUCACAGUGCUUGCCGUGGCCUCACCAUCUAGAUAUCUUCAGUAUGGCUGAUGUGUCUUCUAUAGAGCACCCCACCCUAAAGGUUCCCUAUGAUGUCCUCAACAAGAAGUUCCGGCUGGCUCAGAAGACCCUGGACCGAGAGGUUUGCCAUGUGACCACAGCUGUGACGGAGCUGGAGCGCAUCCUAUUCACCGACAACCGCAGUGCCUCGCAGAUCUCCUCACUGCUGGGGGGCGUUGUGGAGAAGCUGUCCUCCUUCAAGCGCAAGGCAGAAGAAGCAACUCAGGAGGAGAUAGAGUCUGGAAGAGUUGUGAAGCGGCGCGUGGACCACCUCAAGGACCACGACUCCCUCAGCCCGUCAGUGGUGGCUGAGUGGAAGCGCACCCGCCUUGACCGCCUGCUGGUGGAGUACCUGCUGCGGGCUGGCUGCUACUCUACUGCUACCAAGCUGGCAAGUUCCCGAGGUAUUGAGGGACUGACCAACUUGGACGUGUUCCUUGUGGCGCGGGAGGUGGAGCAGUCCCUGGCCUGCCAUGACACCUCCAAGUGCCUCUCCUGGUGCCACGACAACAAGAGCAAGCUGCGCAAACUCAACUCUUCCCUUGAGUUCAACGUGCGGAUGCAGGAGUUCAUCGAGCUCAUCAGGGGCGACCGCCGCAUGGAUGCCAUUCGACAUGCGAGGAAGUACUUCACAGGCCAGGAGGCAGCACACCUGCCCUCAAUACAGCGCUGCAUGGCCUUGGUUGCCUUCCCGGCCAACACUGAUGUCAGCCCAUACAAAGAGCUCUUAUCCAAUGUUCGGUGGGAUCAGCUGAUUGAACAGUUUCGAGCUGAAAAUCUGAAGCUGUACCAACUGUCCUCACAGUCAGCCUUCUCUGUGGUGGUGCAGUCAGGCCUCUCCGCCCUCAAGACUCCCCAUUGCUACAGGGGGGCAACAGGCCACAACCCAGACUGCCCAGUGUGCCAACCCUCCCUCAACUCCUUAGCCUCACCCCUGCCCUAUGCACAUUGUUCUCAGUCACGUCUGGUGUGCCACAUCAGUGGGGAGCAGCUCAACGAGAACAACCAGCCUCUCAUGCUUCCCAACGGCUAUGUGUACGGACAGAAGGCACUUCAGCAGAUGGCCAACGAUAACAACGGCACCAUAGUGUGUCCACGCUCACGCCAAACCUUCAACAUCAGGGACGCAGAGAAGGUCUUUGUGAUGUGAAGGGCUGGUAGGCAGAGACUGUGGCAGGGCAAAAGGAGGAGCCCUGUAGGAGAUGUGUAGGACAGCUGCACUUGCUCAGAUGUGUUGCCAUACUGGUGAACCUCCUCAAAAUGCUUUCUCUAAAAGGUCUUAGUUCCCAACAGUUGGCUGCUAAUGCAGUGAUGGAAUCCUCUUUGUGUGUGCAUGGAAAGACAUUUUAAAGAUCUUGAACAUGGACAUACUCUGUACACCUGGAAUACUCAAGUAGACUGAUAUGUAUGUGCAAACUACUGUACAUAAAAAAGUUGAACGUGUACAUUAAUAUAGAGUAUAUAUUGAAAUAAUUACUUAAGUAUGAUACAUCAUUAUCAGAGUAGCUCUACCAAUAGUGAAUUACCAAAGUCUACUUGAGAUUUUGUUUAUAGCAUAUUGAUUUUUCACAAAGAAAUGAAGUUGGUUAUACAAAAUCAUUUUGAGAUUGGGAAAUUCUCAGGCAAAGGGAUCAUUAUUAUGCAAAGAAUGUCUUUAAACCCAUUUUAAUAGACAGAAGGGAGUCCUAUGGCAUUAGUUUUUUAUUCAAAUAUUGAGGUAUUAGUGUUCUAUCUACUGGCUUUAAGACAUUUUUUAUCAAUCUGCUGCUUGGCUCAGCUCGUUAGAAUUUUUUGUACCUUUAGUUUAGCUCACUUCUUCCUGCACAGCAGAAUGAAGUCAUUUGAGGUCUUGUGUAAAAGAUUAAACAUAUCAUUUAAUAUAGUUCAGUAGUUGUUGGUUUUGAAAAGAUGUGGAGAACAAUUAUUAUAAGUUAUUUCAGCCAAGAACAGUGACUGCAUGUGAUGUAUAUUUUGCAUUGGUUUCAUUGUUCUGUCAUGAAUCUUUCUGUUAUGUUGACAUUCACCAUAUUUGUAUAGCAGUGCUUUAAUAUGUAUAAUGGUGCAGCAUGUAAUCAUUGAUCAUGAGCUCAGGAUGUUGUGUUUGUCUUCAAUGUGAGCAGAAACUUCCAGGUCCCCAUAUUGUUUGGUGCAGCAGAGGCUUGUGUGGGCGUCCUCACUCCUCACCGCCACCGCUGCUUGUCUGUGUUUAUGUAUGGUAGCACCAGUUGUCUUUGUGAAUUACAUUUUGUAGAGCCAGUAGUUGAUAAGUUAUUUGUUGUUCAGUAAUGUUCAGGUUUUCAGCAUGCUUUUUUUAUAAGUAAGAUUUAUUGUGGAAUAUUCUCUUACCUGAUAUUUUUGACAAUUGAUCAAGUUUGGCACAAACUGUUUAACAAAUACAUUUCCCAUUGUCAUGUUUCAAAGAGGGAAAUGUAGUAUUUGAAGUUUUUUUUUU